ACGUUUCUUUUACUGCAGUAGAUACUAUAAACAAUAUUAUUCAAGUCUUUUAAAUAAAAUUUUAAAUUAUGCUUUUGAAUUUUGAAAUUUGAUAAUUUAAUCAAUUUGGGUGAUUUGCUAUAUCUAUUCAAUUGCACUCCGUAUCUUUGAGUCUUUUCGUCUACAAAUAAUCUCUAUCUCACCUGAUAUACUUGACUUAUCGUCUCAGACGAAUAUUCUCCAAAUAGUGAUACUCAGUGGUUGAAAGAGUUUUGACAUUAAGCUGUUUGACUGAAAUGAAAGUGUUUGAAAUCCUUACAAUUCUAUCAAUACUAUCUUUGGGCAUUUCCUCUGCAAUAUCGGUGGAAAAUGUUAGAGAAUAUUUGCAAUCACAGUUGAUGGAUGAGAGGGAAGAGAGCAAAUCAAUGGAAGAGGCGCUUUUGAUAUUUUUUGAAGAAUUUCGGUGUCGCAUGAAGAUGGAAAUGGAAGAUUUAAAUCUUCCGGCAUUGGAUCCUUUCACCACGGAUUUUAUGGAAUUCGAAAUGGAUGAUGAACUUGGGAGUAUCAGAGGGGCACUUUCCAAUCUUCGAGUUGAUGGAUUAUCGGGUUUUAUGGUGAAUGACUUGGUGUUUAAUAUGGACAAUCUUGAUUUCUGGAUAGAGGUCACUCUUCCCAGGCUAUCUAUGUCAGGAUAUUAUGAUAUCGAUGGAACAUUGGGUGGAUUACUGCCAAUAUUCGGAGAUGGGAAUUUUUCCAUUGUCCUCACGGAAAUGCAUACAGUAAUAAAUUCAACAAUUGGAUACGAUGGAAUCACAGUGACAUGGAGUAUGCCUGAUUUUAAAAUGGAUUUUCGCUUGGGAAAUCUAACCACAUCCAUUGAAAAUUUGUUCAAUGAUGACGAAUUGGCGGACUUCUUCAAUUUGGCAUUCACAACGCUUGGUGCUGAAAUUGUUGAUGUCAUGUUUCCGGACAUUGAACCACAAAUUGCAGACAUGGCCAAACAAAUGACACCCGAAAUGCUUAAUGGUGUGACUAUCAAUGAAUUUUUGGAUAUUAUUUUUCUCAUUGAGCCCUUUCUUCCUGAUUUGCCGGACAGUGAGGUGUGUGAAUAUGAGAUUAUCUAUCCAAAAGACAUGAAAAAUCCAAUGUAAUUCUGUUUAAUGAUAAGAUUUACUUGUUUUCUUACAACCAUUAUUAUUAUUUUUUUGUCAUACUUUAUAUUUUUUUUUUGUUCUUCAGAUUACGAAAUAACUUGUAAUUAGAUUAAUUCUAAAUGAGAAAAGAAAUUAACUAUCAUCUGUCCUUUCUACAAGAUAUAUUUCAUCACUCAAAGUAAAAAAUAGAACGAACAAUGAAAACAAUAUUAACCAGUCUAAGAAAUUAACAGGAAAUUAAAGCAGAUGGUACAACUUUUUUUUACCUUAAAAAAUUCAUAUCCUAAUAAAUAUUUUAUACAAUUUUCUUGAGAAAACGAGUAAGAAAAUAACACUACUCUCAAAUACACUUGAUUCGUAAUUUUUCUUUUUGUAAAUAAAGUUUAAAUCUAAAGCAUAUUUCCCUCUAUUUUUUUUAUUAAUUUCGUUUCAUAGUUCACGUCAAUUUUUUUUUAUAAUCAUAUAGAUUCUAGCAAUUGAAUUUCUUUUUUUUAAUUAAUUAAUAAGAUAAAUAAUUUCAUAAGUCCGAGUGUAGGAUCUCAUACAAUUUCAUUGAAAUGCAUAAGUCGAGUAUACUAUUGAAUGAUUUUAAUGUAGAAAAAUGUGUCUUUACUACUCUUGCAGCAGGCAACCCUAAUUCUAGCAAUUUUAGAUAUUUCAUGUUUUUUUUCAGCAAUUAAUAGCAUACUUCUAGAUGUUUUAACAUUAAUUGUGACAGUGUAAACAUCACAAAAUUUUAUUAACUUUUGAUAACAUUCACAGGCCUAGCAAAUGUGUUCUUUUUUGUAUAACAAUCAAUCAGAAACUGCUAGAAUUGGUAUUGACUGAUGCAACUGAUAAGCAAUUUAUUCUAAUGCAAUGUUUUUAUACAUUUGACUCAUGUACUUUAAAAUAAAAUGAGAUAAUACAGUC